CUUCCAUGUGGCACGUGUUGACGGAGACGUCACUGUGUAAGGUCAUACGCUGUAGACAUGGCUGCGUGCUCGGGUAGAACAAGCCUGGCAUUUUGUGCAUUACGAGCCUUUCGGAACGCACAGCACUGGAAUGAGCGUUUCUUCUCCACAUCGUUGUUGCGGCAUGCGUCUGGAGGAAACACAUUUCAGACCCCCGAAUUCAUCCCUCCAACGAAACCGGUUGUUGUGGAUAAAACUAAACCCCCAGAACCACCCCGAAAGUUUCUCAGUCCGGAAUUCAUUCCUCCACGGCAGAGAACGAAUCCUCUCAAGUUUGCCAUUGAGAGAAAAGAUAUGACUAAAAGACGCAAAAUGUUGAACAUCCCCGAAUUCUAUGUUGGUAGCGUCUUGGCAGUAACUAUGCACGACCCAUAUGCCAGUGGAAAAAGCAACCGUUUUGUGGGUAUCUGUAUCCAAAGGUCUGGAUCGGGACUGGGAGCCACUUUUAUCCUAAGGAACAUUAUUGACGGUCAAGGUGUGGAGAUGUGCUACGAGCUGUACAGUCCCCGCAUACAGCAGGUGGAGGUGCUGAAGUUGGAGAAGCGGCUGGACGACAAUCUCAUGUACCUCCGAGACGCCUUGCCUGCGUACAGCACAGUCGAUGUCGACAUGAAGCCUGUGCCGUAUUCUUUCAGUGGCGAGGUGCCGGUCAAUACGGUGAAGGUGAGAAUGAAGCCCAAGCCGUGGUCGAAGCGGUGGGAGCAUCCAAAGUUCAACGUCCAAGGCAUCCGCUUUGAGAUGAGCCUCACCAGCGUGCAGCGUAAGGAGGCCAAGAGGCAGGGCCAGCCCUGGCACAAGUACGACAUGCUGAAGGAGUACGACACGGCCGAGCUCCAGGAGAGCAUCUGGAAGGAGGUCCAGAAGGAAAUGAGCCAAUGAGAGGAAAGAAAUGCGAAGGGGGGCGGGGCUCCCUUCUGCAGCACAUGGAAGUAAAUGGGGGACCUGACCAAUGGAAGAUUGGAUACGAAGGUUUAACUGUCCAGACCCGUAUCUGGCCCUGAGAGUGGGAUGGCACUUUCAGAAAGGGCAAAUAUAAUACCAGUGUGGUACCAGUGGACCUGGUGGUAUGUACAGGACCAGUCAGAACAAAUGUGUGAUUCUUUUGUUGGGUUUCAUAUUUAAUAAAGUACAGCAGACAUCAUGGCCGUCA